AUGGAAAGGCAAGCAGCAUGGAUUAAGAGUGGUGGGGACAGUCCCAAGGGAGCGGCGGUGACGGCGGCCGGGACGGGCGAGCCCCGCUGGCGGCGCGCAGGAAAUCAGCAUUCAGCUGCUCAGAAAAACAAAGAUGCUGCUCAGAGGAAGGCAGAUGUGGAGGCUGCACUGAGAAACAAGACUGAAUGUGAGAAAAAAGCGUUGUCUGUUGUUGAGCAGCUCCUGGAAGAGGACAUUACUGAGGAGUUCCUUCUGAAUUGUGGAAAAUGUUUUACUCCAUCUCACCAUAAAGACGUUGUUGAUGAACGGUCUGUCAUCAAACUGUGUGGUUAUCCUCUGUGUCAGAAUAAGUUGGAAAAUGUGCCAAAGCAGAAGCACAAAAUUUCAACAAAAACAAACAAAAGAGUUUAUGAUAUCACUAAAAAAAAGUGCUUUUGCAGCAACCUUUGCUAUAGAGCAUCUAAAUAUUUUGAAGCUCAAAUUUCCAGAAGUCCAGUGUGGAUGAGAGAAGAAGAAAAACCUCCAGACACAGAGCUGCUGAAGGAGGCACGGAGUGGACGGUCUGGAGAAGAGGUGAAACUACAUGAUGAAGUAAUUAAAGCAUCUGACAUUGAAAAUCCUAGGAUAUCUUCAGAUCCAUGUGAGUCUGGUUCUCACGACACAGCCAGUGACAGCAGUACUGAUACUGAACAAGAUUGCCAGUCCUGUGGUUCCUUUCAAUUAUUAUUUCAGAAGUACUCCAGCAGAGAAUUCAAGAAGUUUGCUGUGUUUGGAGAAUCUCUAUCCUGA